AUGGAUCACUUCGAACGCAACUUUUGGGAUCUGCCUGACGUGGCUGCCUCUCAGUAUGGGUCUGGCGCGGCUUGUUAUGCCUGGCCCUUUGGAGACGUCCUGGGGGUGUUUUCCUCGAAGGACAUCAUGGACCACUUACUAGGAGCGCCCUUGCCGACCCCGAAGAGACAGUGUGUUCGACCUGUGAAUGGCCUCUCAUGGAGUCAGCCAAGGCCUUUGUAUACAAGUUACUUGACUCCCUUUGUUGAAACGAGACCAUCGGAUUUGGACGCUGCUCCAUCGUUGACCUCUUCUCCGCCUCACGAAAAAAAGACGAUAUCACAUUCGCCCGCUCCAGUGCCUCCUUCAGUAAGCCAAGAAUUCAAGAGCGCUCUCGGCCCCAUCACUGUUACCUUCCUGGCGCCGCAGGUAACCUCCUCGCCAACUGUUCCCUCACUCCCCGCCCGCAGAAGGAAGAACGCCCACUGUCAUCUUUGCGACAAGCGCUUCGAGAAUCGCUACAAGUUAAAGAUGCAUCUCAAUACCCACACGGGGGCUCGACCCUUCACGUGCGAUGUGUGCGGGAAAGGCUUCAUGCGACGGACCACCCUCAACGCCCAUCGGAUCAUUCACGACGCCUCUCAGUUCUCGUGUCCCACCUGCAACCGCACCUUCAAGCGCUCGUCCGAAAGGCUUAUCCAUAUCUUACUGAAGGUGUGUCUGCGGAAGCAAAGGAUCCUUCGUCGGACAGUCAGUGGUUGGUUUUGUGAUGUCUGCAACGAGAGCGUUCCCCUGCCGGAGGAACAUCAGUGUCCUGUCAAAGGUCGACGCCGUCAGUGUCCUGUCUGCGGGAUGGACUUCGGCAGGCAGCGCGACCACAAGAUGUUGACUCAUGUCCGCCAGGAUCACCCAGAGUUUCUCGCCUCGUUGUAA